GCACUCGUGAUUUUGAAUUCCCCGAUCCGACAACCACCAAGUCCGCUAUUCGACGCCCUGUGGAAGAAUGCGGCGUACCGCGUUUGUGCCGAUGGCGGGGCGAAUCGACUACACAAGGCAACGCGAGGAAAGGACUACGUUCCUUCUUUGAUACGAGGGGAUUUGGAUUCUUUGGACGAUCACGUACGUGACCACUAUCGGCAGCUUGGUUGUGUCAUUGAGCGGGAAUCCGAUCAGAACAGCAACGAUCUAGACAAGGCCCUGACCGCUGUGGAACGAGAAGGAUACAAAAGCUGCUGCGUCUAUGGGGCGUUUGGUGGAAGGUUCGACCAGGAAAUGGGAUGCUUCCAAGCUUUGUAUAAAUGGGACUCUCGCUUUGACGAACUUUGGUUGUACGAUGACCAAACCUGUGCGAUACUCCUACCAGCCGACCAAAACCACGAAAUAUACCUGGUACAUUCCAAAGAAAUCACGGAUCCGACUGUUCCCGGUGAGGGUCCAACUUGCGGAUUAAUACCCUUGAGUGUACCCUGCGACUCUGUGUCUACCACUGGUUUGCAGUGGAAUUUGGAAAACCAACAUACGGCUUUCGGCGGCUUGGUUUCGACCUCCAACCGAGUGGUCGAAGACAAGGUUACCGUUCGCAACUCCCAUCCUCUCAUAUUCACUGCCGAAGUC